AUGACCGAGACCAGGAUGAAGUGGGUACCCCUGGAGUCGAACCCGGAACUUUUCACCAGCUGGUGCUCGUCCAUGGGCCUCGACACGUCCAAGUACGCCUUCCACGACAUCUACGGCACGGACCCUGACUUGCUCGCCAUGGUCCCGCAACCGGUCGCAGCUGUUCUGCUCCUCUUCCCCAUCACGCCCUCGAUGGAGGCGCUGCGUCAGCAGGAGAACGAAGCCGCCUCUCCCGCCGCUGCCGGCUCUGACAUCCUCUGGUUCAAGCAAACCAUCGGAAAUGCGUGUGGUACGAUCGGGCUGCUUCAUGCGCUCGCCAACUCAACCGCAACAUCGUCCAUCAAGCCCGAUUCACCACUGGAUACACUCUUCAAGAAGGCAAGAACGACAGAUGAUGCAGACGAAAGGGCAGACAUCCUGGUGAACUCGAAAGAGCUCCAGACGGCACACGAGACGACGGCGAGCCAAGGGCAGAGCCAGGCACCCGAGGAUCUCGACAAUGUGCUGCUCCACUUUGUGUGCUUUGUCCGGAGCCAAGAUGGCGAGCUGGUCGAGCUCGACGGAUCAGGAGGUAGGAAGGGUCCGCUGAGGAGAGGCAAGAAGGUCGAAAGUCAGGAAGACCUCUUGCCUGUGGCGGUCGAGUUUGUCAAGGACAACUACAUGGCGCUCAAUCCAGAGGAGGUCAACUUCAACCUCAUUGCGCUGGGACCCUCUUUCGACUAG